GUGCCGCGUGGAGGCUCGACAUGAAUUUUGCAAGGCGGAAGAGAAUGGCUGCGAUCGAACAGCAUAUCGACACCAGUCUACAGAUGUGAAGACAACCAUUUUAAGUAAAUAGAAACGAUUCCAAUUUAUUUUGCACUAUAAUCAUUCUAUCAUGGCGCGAAUUAUGUCGUUCAAACGGUCAGGGUGGGUCGCGGCUCUCUUUGUGUUCUGUGGGAUGUGGGGGGCUGCUUUGUCCGUCACUCGGUACUCCAUUCCAGAGGAAAUGCAAGAGGGUUCCGUUGUUGCGAACUUGGCUACAGAUUUGGGACUUGAUGUUCGCAGUCUGGUAAGACGCAAGGCAAAGCUUGAUAUCAUCCACAGUAAAAAAUACCUUGAUAUCAACAAAGAAACUGGCGAUCUGUACAUUAUAGAGAGGAUAGACAGAGAAAACAUAUGUACGAGCAAGACAACAUCUUGCUUUUUGAAAAUGGAUGUCAUAUUUGAAAACCCUAUUCGCAUUUUUAAUGUUGAACUGGAAAUUAUGGACAUAAAUGACAACGCGCCGAUUUUUCGAAGGGAGACCAUGCAAUUGGACAUAUCAGAAUCCACUGCUCCCGGAGAGAGGUUCUCGUUGACAAAUGCAGUGGAUGCAGAUGUUGGUGCAAAUUCUAUAAAAACGUAUUAUCUAAGCGAAAGCAAAUCUUUUACAAUCGAUAUACAGACAGGAAGCGGUGGCUCAAAAUACGUAGAUUUAGUUCUCAAUAGCCAUUUAGACCGAGAAGAACAGGGAAUUCACAAUCUGAUAUUAACCGCUGUAGAUGGAGGAGUCCCUGCGCGCUCAGGCACAGCCAGCAUAAUUAUUAGGGUUCUGGAUAUCAAUGACAACGCCCCCUUCUUUAAUCAGGAGGUAUACGCAGUUAAUAUAAAAGAGAACUCCCCUAUUGGAACAGUAGUCAUUAAGUUGAACGCAACAGACUUUGACGAAGGCAUAAACGCAGAGAUAACGUAUUCCUACACAUUGUACACAUCGGAGAAAACGCAAGAAAUGUUCUCUCUCAAUCCUGACACUGGAGAGAUCAAGGUGAAGGGCGUGAUUGAUUUUGAGGAAAGUCAAAGUUUUGAAAUGCACAUACAGGCCAAAGACAAAGGCCCAAAUGCAUUAACAGGAGAAUGCAGAGUGAUGGUAUCUGUUACCGACAUGAAUGACAACCAUCCCGAGGUAACCGUCAAAUCUUUCAAAAGUACAGUCAAAGAAGAUGUCACCGUAGGAACGAUAAUAGCCGUUAUCAGCACCCGCGACAGAGACUCCGGGAGAAACGGAGAAGUUGAACUUACUUUUAAUCAACAAGCACAUCUACCCUUUGUUCUCAACAAAUCCUCAGAUGAGUUCUUUGCACUCCUCGUUUCAAAGCCCCUGGACAGAGAAAUGAUCUCCCGAUACGACAUCACUUUUAAAGUCACAGACAAGGGCACACCUCCUCUUUCUGAUAAUGAAACCAUCACCUUGGAGAUUCUUGACGUCAACGACAACGUACCAGUGUUUCCACAGUCCCUCUACACCAUCCACGUCAUGGAGAACAACGUCCCUGGUGCGCUGUUGACCACCCUCACCGCCUUUGACCCAGACCUCCACGAGAACCAGUAUCUGGUCUAUUUCAUCAUGGAGAAAGAGAUCCAAAACACCUCCAUAUCGAUGCUGUUCUCCAUCAACCCAGAGAACGGGAACCUUUACGCUCUGAAGACCUUCGACUUUGAGAGAGAGAGGGAGUUCCUGUUUCACAUCGAGGCCCGGGACUCAGGCGUUCCCGCUCUCAGCAGCAACGUCACGGUCCACAUCGUCAUCCUGGACCAAAACGACAACACGCCCGCCAUCGUGGCGCCGUGGCGCGCCCAGGGUUCCGUCAUCGAGGAGGUGAUCCCGAGGUCCACCGACAAAGGUCACCUGGUCGCCAAAGUCAUCGCCAUCGACUCGGACUCGGAGCAGAACGCACGUGUCACCUACCAGCUCCUGCAGGUCAGCGACCCGACGCUCUUUAGUCUGGACCAGUACAACGGCGAGAUCCGCACCACCCGUAUGUUCAGUUACAGGGACCCUCGCCACCAGCGCCUGGUCGUCGUCGCCAAGGACAACGGAGAGCCGUCCCUUUCUGCCACGGUGACCAUCAAGAUCACGACGGUGGAGCACAUGGUGACGUCGUUCUCCGAGACGACGGAGGAACCCUUCGAGUAUGACAUGUUCUCCGACCUCAACCUGUACCUGGUCAUCGGCCUGGGCUCCGUUUCUUUCCUGCUGCUCAUCACCAUCCUGGUGAUCAUCGUGAUCAAAUGCCAGAAGCCCAAACCCAAGCCCAUGAAAAUCCCCCCGCCCAACAGGAACAGCUACGUUAGCAGGAACAGCUACGUUAGCCAGAGAAGCUCCACCAUAGCAGACUCCACCCUGAUCUCCAGCGACGCCUACUGGUACAGCCUGUUCUUGGCUGAGACCCGGAAAGGGAAGGUGGUGGUGAGGCAGCCCAUCGUGCCCAAAGGAGCCGGGUACUUUGUCUCCAGUAUACCCAGAAGCAUAGGCCCCACAGAGACCAGCGACUCCAGGGCAUCCACACUACAGGAGUCCAGCAGUGACCUGCCAUGACUUCUCAGACGGGUUGAGAACUUUCUACAAAUUCCACCUGACAUCGAAGACGUUCAAAGACACAACCACAGCCCCCUACCCCCACCCCCCAGCUCUCUAUCAAUAAGAUCCAACAGUGAGCUCCCUCCGCGGGCAUCUCUUGGACCCUUCUUCCCAAACACCAACCUCACACCAGUGACCUCUUCUGCUGUAAACUACCUUCAACUCCAUCAAUCAAGCAUGAAUCUGCAUGGCCACACUACCAGGUGCUUGAGCUUUAUCGUCACGGAGAAGGAGGAGCCUCCGCCGAGGAUGCUGGGACUGAAUAGGAGUGCUGUCGUUUUUGGGGGAUGUUGCUGAUGACUUUGAACCUAACGGCAGGUAUGGACAUUCCAUUUCCUGUUCCUCCAGGAAGGAUGCGAUGCAGGAGAUGAAAGUGUUCCACAUGUUCUACUUAGGGGUUUUCUGUCAUGCUUUGCCAUGUCAUCACAGGCUUGUUGUAUAGUGUGUUAAGAUGUUUUUAUUUGCUAGUCCAAAUAUACUUUUUAAAAAAACUAAAAACACUCUCCGAAAAGAAAAGAAAAAGCGUGCAUUUUGAGUUUGUCAUUUUUCAUACAACUGUUCAGGAGCUAUGAUAAACAUAAGGCAUAGAUUUGAGAAUUCUUAACUUUGCAAUGAUUCACCGUGAAGCAUAACGCACAGAUCAACUGCAAUAGAGGCAACAUCCUUCUGUAUGUAGUGUCUCCCUGCCUGAGCAGAGUCUUCAGGUUGAAGCAGACUGGACCGUCUAUGUAGCAGGCCUGCUCCCAUGAUCAGGACGCCCCGUAGUACCAUAUCCUGUCUCCAGUCCGUCACAGCUCUCUCAAGCUAACCCUCACAGCCCGGUAACAGGGUCUCACUACCACGAUCAUCCACUCAGAAGGCCACUGUGAAAGCUAGGUCAAACGGGAAUUCAAAUAUAAAACAAAACACACAAAAAAAACAUUGGUGACAAAAGACCAGACAGUUGUAUUCUGUAGAACGAUUUACUAUUUUCACUUUAAAGAAUAGGACUGUUUAUUUAAAAAAAAAUAUAUACAAAUUAUAUUUAUGUCAGGCAUGGUGCAAUUCAAUACUCUGGCCAUGUUUUAAAAGUUGAAUUAUGAUGAUUGAAUUGAACUUUAUGAGGUAGUGUUUUUUUAUUCAACUAUUUGAUAUAACUACUCUUAUUGCAGCUUUUUUGUGAUUUCUUCAAGUGCAUUUUGUGUUUUAUGAUAUUCGUAGUGCAAUACAUGAUUUGUUCUUUCUUUGAUAGUGUACAGACAUUCAGAUCUAAUUCAGCACUGAGUCCACUAUUAGAUAUGUAGCCAAAUGGUCGACAUCAACACCUCCUCAUCCAGGUCUGAAGAGCUCAAAUAACUAAACGUCAGGCAUUAUCUUUCAGAAAUGAGAACAUAGAAAGACAAAGCCAAAAUAGGGAUGGAAAAGAAGAGAAGGCUCAGAGAGAGAGAGAGAGAGAGAGAGAGAGAGAGAGAG